CCUUUCUUUUUGAAGUAUUUAGGUUUUAAAUAUGGAGGCACUGAGUCCAGAGAAGGAAGGGAAAGGUUUAGAUGCUGCCAUCAAAAAAAUCCAAUCUGCUUUGAUGGAUGGAAUUGACAAAGAAGAAACAGAUGACUGGAGUGAUGAAAUGGAUGAAUUAGAUUCUACUAACUGCCCGCUUCCAUUUUCAAUCCAAGAAGAAAAUGUUGACGAUAGUGGGCUCCAAUGCGAAGAAAUAGUUAUAUCUGCAAGUUUCAACUCGGAAAAUGGACAUGAAUCACAAUCAGAUUUGAAUAUAAUUGCCACGGUAACACCUACAAAAUCAAACACUCAUACCAAAGUCCAGACUGCAGCAUUAACGCCAACUGCUAACUUAAAAGUACUCUUACAUGCUGCAAGCCCCGAAAUUCGCAACUAUGAGCGAAGAAAAAAGCUGUUUUCAAGACCAUGCAGCACUGAACAGGACCAACCCCAACAGGCAGUUGAAACAGCAGAUUGUUUCUCGGAACAAACAAUGGAAAUAGCCGAGGAAUCUGAGGCUGAAGACUUAAAUGAGAACCAGGCUCAAGAUGCACCCAGAAGAAUCUGCAAAACUUUUAAACGAAAAGAAAAAUCACUGGGCCUACUCUGCCGUCGGUUUCUUCGACUUUUUCCAGAAAACCCAAAGGAGAGCAUAUCAAUCUGCCUUGAUGAUGCAGCUGCCAAGUUAUGUGUUGGGCGGCGUAGGAUUUACGAUAUCAUAAAUGUUCUUGAGUCAAUAAAAGUCGUGACGAGACUUGCAAAGAAUAAUUAUACUUGGAGGGGAAGGAAAGGUCUCUCACAAACACUGUGUGCUCUCAGGAAAGAAGCAGAGGAAUCUGGCAGUGCUGAUUCAAUUAGAGCAAGUAUAAACGGAUAUCUGGUUUAUAAAGUAAAUAUUGCAACGCAAAGUGUUUCAUCAACUCCCCCUGAAAGAGACACAAGCGUGAAACGAAGAGACAAGUCACUUGGGAUUCUUAGUCAGAAAUUUGUCACCCUGUUUCUGGUUCAACCUAAUCAACUGGUUUCAUUGGACAUGGCUGCCAAAGUUUUAAUAACAGAUAGAAAUCCACAAGACAAUAAAUAUAAAACAAAAGUACGUCGGUUGUAUGACAUCGCAAACAUACUCACCAGUCUACGAUUAAUCACAAAAGUUCAAAACCACGGAAGAAAACCUGCUUUCCGAUGGAUUGGCCCCAAAGCUAUCUGCACAUCCACGAGUGCCGUGUCCCCGAAACAUCGUCAGAUCAUUGUGAUGUCGCCCGUCUCCAACCUCUGGUCCUCACCGAAGAUGCAAGUCAUCAUGCAGGACAAGGAUGAGGGAGAUGGAGGACUUUUUGAUCUGUGCCAGGUUGUAGAGCAAGAAAGAAAGGACCUUUGCCUUGAAACUCCAAUUAAAGGAGGGGGAUUCACCCUUAAAACCCCAUUAAAAGGGGAUCAAUACAGGAUUGUAACCCCAGUCAAACACACAUCACAGAAAUUAGCUAUGUCAAGCUCAAAUGACGACAGUGGCGUAAAUUUGGACUCCUCAUUCAAUUCGGAUGAGAUUUUUCGACAAGAGUUAGAAUCGCUCCGGCAGAGAUUCCCCUCUCCAAUGUCUCGUCUUCUUUCUGCAUGUAAUGUGGAGGAAGCACUCACAGAGCACAAAGAGAAAAAGAGAAAACUUGCUUUGAAAAGUGAAUCAUCCUCACAUUCAAUUACUGAACCGGUCACACCAACCAAAGUCAGUCUAUCAUACUUGAAACAACAACAGAUAGCAAUUUCGAAAACUGUGGACAGCGUGACCAACAGAUCACAAAUAAACUUGCGCAAACCAUCAACAUUGGAGUCGCAUGCUUUGAAAUCAAGCACCAAAGUUUGCCAGACAGUUCAGCAUAACAUGGGAGUGAGCAAAUCACUUUGCAGUGACCAGGCUUUGCGAAAUAUAAAGUGCUUAGUGCCCGUGUCAAAAGAAAACUUUGGUAUGCAAAGGAACUCUGGGUCUUUGGUGCAGUGCAUCAAAGUACUUCCUAUGAAAACUCAACCUUUGAAGAUUGUUAUGAACCCUUCAAACAAAAGCCAGGAGAAAAGCCCCGAAAUGUCUCGUAAAAGUUCCUCAAAAAUGACAACAAUACGUGUGAUUGCACCUAGUAGCACCCAAGAAAGACCAACGAACAAUUUCGUAAAACUGGAUCUUUCUAGUACGAACUUUAAGACUGUCACACCAAAAACCAAGCUCCCUAACUCUAAUGAGAGGACAGGCUUCUGCCGACCUGUGCUGUGUAACGUAACAAGCUCAAUUAACAACAGAGCCAAGCCUGCUCAGAAAAUUUCAAAGGUUGUAACUAAGUUAGUGACACGAUUGGAAGAGACUGCUGCAAAAAAAGCAAACAUUUCACAUGCCUCAACCAGCUUUGGGUUAUCUACAAUGCCACAAGUGCGAUUUACUGACAGCAAGUUGCCUAGCAGUGGAUUAGUAGCUUUGUCCAAAAAGAUCUCUGCAUCCUUGGAAGUUCCUCCUCAACCAAAGAAGAUGAGAGUCUCCUCCAGAAAGCUUAGGAUGACAGAUGAAAAUGAGGAUCCUGAAGUGAAACAUCUUCUGGGAUGGAAAUCCCCCCCUCACCCAAUCAAACCCAUACCAAAACAACUGUGCCUUGACGCCAAUCAAUCAAAAAUUCUGCAAGAAAACAAUAUAACUCUUGCACCCACAGUAAAAACUACUGAAAUUCCAUCUGCAGAAAACUGUUCCACAAAUUUAAACUUAUCAUUUGGGAAAAUGCAAUCAGAAGAUACUCUGCUGCAACCUAUUUCAAUAAAUAACAGGAUAGAACAGUCUACAUACAUCCAGUUAGAACACAGUAUAGACAGUUUCUCUUCCCUUGUGUCAUCUAAAGCUUUUCAGAUUUCCAACUACAAUACUCCAAAGGCAGAGUCAAGCACAGUACAGUUUGCAUCUUAGAAGCUUACCAAUCUUAAACAGCGUUUCUGUGCGGGUUGUCCUAAUUCAACCAAUAUAUAUAAAAAUAUAUCUGUGUACAUAGCCUGAGCAUUGUAAUUGUUAUAAAUAAGGUUCCAGAAAAUUUACGAACUUUUUUUUCCUUUUUCUUUGAAUGUAUAUUUGGUGUAUGUUUGUAUAAAUUCCCCAUUUUUUAUUCUAGGUAAUUUAUUUCUUUUUUUUAAAUUGUUAAGAUGUAAAAAAUGAAUCAAAAAUUACCUCCUAAAAUACCAAUACCGAAAAGUUUUUUUCUUUUUAUAUGCUAGCGUGGUAGUAUUUUGUGGUAUAAUCUUUCAGUGUGUGCUUAGCUACAUUAAUUAGCUAUAAAUUUGAACUACAGAGCCAUAUUUUUAAAUUCAGUUAAAUAAACUUGUUAAGUUUUUUGAGCUGUGUUUUUAUAUGAAAUUUCACUUUUAUUGAUUUUUUGAAUCGUCAAAUUUUGGGAGCUGCUUAAUACAAAUAGACGUCAUAAUUA